AUGAAGAAGAUUUUUGGCUUCAGGAGUAAGAAGGGCAUCUUGCCCUUCGGCUCCUCCAUCAGCCCGGGAAGAGAUGGCAGUCAUAGAAUCAACUUCCAGCCUGGGUACCGCAUCCGAGACAAGGACCUCAGAAAGAUCCACAAAGCUGCCAGCAUGGGCAACGUAGCUAAAGUGCAGCAGGUUCUGUUGCUCGGGAAGAGUGGCCUGAAUGACAAGGACAAGAUGAACAGGACUGCGCUCCACUUGGCCUGCGCCAAUGGCCAUUUAGCAGUGGUGGCUCUCCUCCUGGAGAGAAAAUGCCUGCUUGACCUCUGUGACAAUGAAAACAGGACAGCGCUGAUGAAGGCCGUAGAAUGCCAAGAUGAGGACUGCGUGACUCUCCUGCUGGAGCAUGGCGCCGACCCAAAUGUCAUGGACGCCUGUGGCAACACCGCGCUCCACUAUGCUGUCUUUUGUCAGAAUUUAACACUCGCAGCAAAGCUGCUUUCCUACAACUCCCAUAUAGAAGCCAGGAACAAGGAUGGCCUCACACCAUUGUUACUUGCUGUACAUGAAAGGAGAGGAGAAAUGGUGGAGUUUUUAGUAGACAAAGAAGCAAGUCUACAUGCGGUUGACAAGAUGAAAAGCUUUCACCAACUGAUUUCUGAAUAUAAAGAAAAGAGACCUAAAACUUCUGAAAAGAGCAACCCAG